CCCACUCCGCGUCCCGCCCGGGUGGGACGGAUCCCUAGGUUGGCGUCCUCUACCUGGGCCGCCCCCGACCCGGUGGGGGCGCGGAGGGAGGGGCUGUGAGCCUCUAGGCCAGCGAGCUUCGGGGGUCAGCGACAGGCGCACUUUCGGCCCGCGCUUCUGCCGCUUUGCUUGGGAGGGCUCGAACUGGCGCCCGCAGAGCUGAGCUGCUGCCCUCGAAGCCUGAAACGUUGACUAUCUGGCAUUUCACAGCGAAAUGCCGACCCCCUGACGUAGCGGAUUGAUUCUCCAAAGGCGAGGAAAUUUUAGGAAGACGUGAUUUUCAAAGCUAAUUAUGAAAACAUUUGUCAUUGGAAUCAGUGGUGUGACAAAUGGCGGGAAGACAACACUGGCUAAGAAUUUGCAGAAACACCUCCCAAACUGCAGUAUCAUAUCUCAGGAUGAUUUCUUUAAGCCAGAGUCUGAGAUAGAGACAGAUACAAAUGGAUUUCUGCAGUACGACGUGCUUGAAGCGCUUAACAUGGAAAAAAUGAUGUCCACCAUUUCCUGCUGGAUGGAAAGCCCAAGACAUUCACUGGCAUCAACAGACUCUGGAAGCACCGAGGAAAUUCCCGUAUUAAUCAUCGAAGGCUUCCUUCUCUUUAAUUAUAAGCCCCUCGACACUCUGUGGAACCGAAGCUACUUUCUGACGAUCCCUUAUGAAGAAUGUAAGAGGAGGAGGAGUACAAGGGUCUACGAGCCUCCAGACGUCCCAGGGUACUUUGAUGGCCACGUGUGGCCCAUGUAUCUAAAGCACAGACAAGAAAUGGAGAAUAUCACGUGGGAAAUUGUUUACCUAGAUGGAACAAAAUCAGAAGAGGAUCUCUUUUCACAAGUGUAUGAAGAUGUCAUACAAGAACUAGCAAAGCAAAAGUGUUUGCAAGUAACAACAUAAAGAUGGACUGCACUGAAUCCUUCCUGGGAUGAAUUAGGAAACUCAAAGGAGUAUAUUUAAGAGCCUUAGCCAAGAUACAAUAAGUACUUUGGUAUGAUAACAUCUGUUGGUUCGUUUGUUUGUGUUAUCACACAUGGUUUCCCCGACAUGUGGAACGGUAAAUCGUUAUCCACACCACUGGACAGGAAUUUACCUUAAUGAGUUGUUCUUGCUCCAAGGAGUGCAGAGAGAGAGCAUAGCUCACAAUGAGUCAGUUCCUCUGGACCAGUGGUUGUCAAACUUCUCUGAGUGGGACCCAGAGUACCAAAUAAGAUUUACAUCACAAUCCAGUAUAUAUGUAACCUAUUGUGCUUGUAUGUGUCUGUGUGUGUGUGUGCAGGUAUAUAUGUAUGUGAUGUGUGUAUAUAUAUGCCUACCAAGUAUCACAAAGCACUUAACCUUAGAUUCAAUGUGUGCUGAUAUUUUUCUAUUUUUAUAAUAUUCAUUACCAUCUAAUACCAAUGCCCAUUUCCUGCAAAUAAAGGCUUUAGCGGUCACAUUGAAUAAA